UCAGCGAUAAAUGCAGCAGCAUUUCAUCCUGAUGGUCGUUCCAUUGCCUUAGGGUUCAAGAAAGGCGGGUAGGUACCUCAUUUAGGAGAGCUUAUUGCAGAAAGAAACUUGCUCUAAAUCAUAACAGGCUAAAGCAAAGGGUCAUGGGAAGGAAACGCGUCUUUGCACCUCCCAGGGCGACUUGUGCGCUUCGAGAAUUCGCUCCCAAGCUUGCCCUUUGAUUGGCUGAAACCUUCUAAAACGCACCCAAGUGCAGGGCAGUGUUGCACUGUAUUGUGUUGUAUUUUAUGGUUAGUUGAUAAAUAAAUCGUAGACAGCAAUUUCGGACGAAGUCUCCAAGCGAGUCCUUUGUAAAAGCAUACGAUCUUCUGCGUUAAGGGCUUCCGUCCAGUCGUACCCACCUACCCUUCCCGUAACAAUAACCUAACCCAACGUUCACACUAACUUCUCACUUAGGGCAAAAUUUUGGAUUAGGGGAGGGGUAGGUGGGUAGUUUCCGGUGUGGACAUGCAUAGACUGCUCAAAUAUGCCCCCCUCUCUCUGUUCAGCCCCGCCACUCAAACGUGCUUGAAAUGAAUAUGCUCCCAGGGGAUAUAAUAGUGGAUUUACGGUAUUUAAAAAUUCUCUGUGACUUAAGCCCGGAAUAGCGGAAUAACCGCCGCCCUGCUGUACUCAAAUUUCUUAUUUUCCCUUUACAGAUGGAUGUUGUUAAACUCAUCAACUGGAGAUGUCAUUCUCGUACGAAAAACUGAGCCUCCAGAGAAAGUAUCAGAAAUUCAAUUCUCACCAGGUAAACACCUGCAAACAUGCCAACAAAAGGAACAGUGUUUCUCUUUUAUGCUUUUGUUGAUAUGCUUGUUUUUGUCAUUUGUUUAUUAGCUUAAGGCCAUUGAUAGAAACUACUCUUACGUUUCAGAUGGAACUCAUAUCGCUUUGGGCUGCCAUGAUAACGAUAUUUACGUUUAUGAAUUGCAAAACGAUGGGAAGUCGGUCUCGCUUAAAGCACGUUGUAAGGUAAGAAAGAAUAAUAUAAUGAUACUAGCAAACUGAUACUACCGUAUUUAUUCGAAUAAGCGCUCAUCUUAGAGGCAGAAAAAGUUAAUAAGCGCCCAGCCUCGAAUAAGCGCCCACCCCUCCUCCUCCCAAUCAAACUCAAAUAAGCGCUCACCCCCACCCCACCCACUUGAGUGAAUAAAUUCCAAUAAGAGACUUCCCCGAGGACGGAGUUUUCUUCAGAGUAUUUUACAGAAACAUUGCUUUGUUACUUCUUCGAGUUUUGUCAUUAGCAUUUAUUGUUUUGUUGCAAAAUAAACAUACUUCACGUACUGAAAAUAGUGAAAAUUUAAUAAGCGCCCAGCCUCGUAUAAGCGCCCACCUCGAAUAAGCGCCCAGUUUCAAGGUCCAAAAAUUUAAUAAGCGCCCAGGGCGGUUAAUCGAAUAAAUACAGUAUAUACAGUGUGGAGCUUGAACGAUUUCAGCUCUUUGAUAUGAUAACAACAAAUCUGGGAGAGCUUGCCAUGCUGCAGGGAUAAAGCACCGCGGACACCAUCGGGAACGCAUGACAUCAGCUAGCCCUUUAUCGUUUGUGGUGUUGUUCCUCAAAAGGUUUUAUUUUUAGAAGAAUAGAACAAUUCAAAAGAUUCUUUUAUGAGAGCAGCCUGGCAGGGGAAACGAAGGACGCUUAUAUUAAGUCAGUUUUGGCCGCCAAACCAGUCACUCUGAAAGUAAAAUAGGCUUUUCGCUAAAACCCAUCAAUGCCGUGCGUAGCUUUUACGAUUAGACUGGCCUGGCCGUUCAGUUCUGACUUAUGGUAAGCACCCUUAGUCUCCCGGAGACUUCUUGCAGAUUGUUCUUAUUUUUUCACUUUUGUUGAUAUUUUUCUGCAGGCCCACAGCAGUUCUGUGACUCACUUAGACUGGUCAAAGGAUGGAGAAAAACUUCAGAGUACUUCUACAGAUUACGAAUUACUGUUCUGUGAGUCCAUAAUUUUAAAGCUUAUUCUGGCUCUUUACUACCUUCAUAUUGCGCUGCCCGCCAAGUUUAUCUUGGCUCGACUUUAUGAAUAAUGAAAUAUAUUUCAUAUUUUCAUAUGAGGGUUAGGAGGGUGGAAGGCCUUACUGAAACAAUGAAAGCUUUGUUACUUCUAAGUCUGUGGACUUUUCAUCCAAUGGAAUCUAAGUUUUUCCUUAACAUGUUUAGUAAACCUCCUAUCGACACCGCUACGUCGAAAGAUAAUGGUCGCUGCUGACAGUUCGGUUAAAAAAUGAGCGGGCUUUUCGUAGAGGAGAGCUGCGAAAUUUUGAGGACAUAUUUCAGUAACCUGGGAAUCAGAUGUUUUCCAAGGGGAAAAGGAAGAAAGAGAGAAACAGGAAGAAAGUUGAAGGAUUGCUAAGAAAUGAGCUUUUUUAGAAAUCAGCUUUUCUUCGCCCUUCUUCGUUUAGGAAGGGAAGGCCUGAUAUUCAGGUUAUUACGUCACUUCCGCUGUUCGAACAAACCUCUACCAUUAACUUAUGAGGUGUGCAUUACAUCCCCAGGGGACCCCUACCUGGGAGAACAGAUAACCCAGGCCUCGAGCUUGCGUAACACAGAGUGGGCCACACACAACUGUGUGCUAGGUUACCCAGUGAUUGGUAAGUAGCAAUUCAAUAUUAGUCCUAUGUUGUCAAUACCCUAGUUCCGUGAUGGAACAAAUAUUGGCUGUGUUUAUCAAUGCUACGGCGAAGUUCCGAUUUCAGUGCUGAUACUUGUCCCAUAAGAUGUGCAGUCAACACUCUUUAAGGCGGACACCGGCACCAGGUGCCGUAGGUUUACAUGGUCAACACAAAACGAUUUGUCUUGACGCUGUUGCGUAAGCUAACGGCUUUCACUGGUUACGAAUCAGUGAUGGCGCCCUCUGAUUUCAUAGUGAUAUGUGAAUGAUUAAGCUUAAAAUGAUGAACAUGAUUGGUAAAGGCCUAGUAGCGUCAUUAUAACGGAUCAAAGCCAAUUGGUGCUGAAAAUAGCAAACAAUAACUAGAUUGACUUGAUGCCAUAAUUGUAAGUAGCUUUUCUUUUAGGUAAUAGUAAUCUUGUUAUCACUUGAUCCAGAGGAAAAGUCUUUAAUUGAUCUUCCCUGAUGGAUCAUUCACGACGUAAAGCUGAUCUCCAAUUGCAAGUUUUGCUAAGCCAUUUAUUUUUUUUUAUUACUACAUGUACUAUUUCCUUGAAGGGAUCUGGCCAGACGGAGCGGAUGGUACAGAUGUCAACUCAGUAAGUCGUUCCAACGGAAAGCAAUUACUUGCUACGGGUGACGACUUUGGUAACGUCAAUCUGUUCAGAUAUCCCUGUGUUAGUGACAAGGUAUGUACUCUGAUUUUCUUAAACUUUCCUUUUCUGUCCCUUGGGUAGUGUGUACACGAUUGUUUAAUUCACCAUGUAUCAUUCUAAAAGGCAGUGGAAGAGCCUUUAGUGUACCUAUCAGCCAGUCUAUUCUCCAGUGACGCGCAAAGAAGAUACGAUGUUUCUUCCUUUUCGCCUCUUCUUCACGCGAAUGAUCAUCCUUUUUCACUCCCUACCCUACCCUCCCCUUUCUCCCUCCCAGUAACCCCUGAUUAAUUUCAGCCCCACAUAACAAACUUCACCUGUAAAUGUAGCCCACGAGUAAACUUUCUCUCGAGUGCCCGUUGGCUAAAACCAAAAAACAGUACCUCUACUGUUAAGACUCGAGUGACCAUCAGAAACUUUUACGUCUCUCUUUUUGCUGUUAUUUAUUUAUUUAUUUAUUUAUUUUACGUUUUAGGCGGAGCCAAGGGUCGCCAAAGGGCACAGUGCGCAUGUCAUGUGUGUGCGAUUUCUAUUUGACGACACCCGACUUAUCAGCGUAGGUGGUCGAGACGCGAGUAUUUUGCAAUGGAAAGUCACUAAGUCUACUUAA